UGAAGGAAUGAAUGAAAUGGAGUGGACACGUGUAAGGCCAAAGCUCGUCCACGGCAAGAACGUGACGAAGUGGAUCACGCUGAGACUGAGAGAAUCGGAGUGGAAUGUUAAAGGCAACCUAAGGUUAAAGUCUUCAACCCUUAAACCGCACAACUCACAACUCAAACAAACACUCACAAGGGUUUGCGUGUUUUGUUCCGUUGCGCCACCGUCCCCUCACGUUAUUAAGCGUAACGCAUUCAGCAUGGCCAACAAAGCAAUGGAGGUGGUGAAAGGCUUGGACUUGGCGAGGUACAUGGGUCGCUGGUACGAGAUUGCGUGUUUUCCGUCGAGGUUUCAGCCCAGUGACGGCGUCAACACCAGAGCCACCUACACUCUCAAAGAUGACGGCACCGUCAACGUUCUCAAUGAGACUUGGAGCGCUGGCAAAAGAAGCUUCAUUGAGGGCUAUGCCUAUAAGGCUGAUCCCAAUAGCGAUGAGGCCAAACUCAAGGUCAAAUUUUGGGUUCCUCCCUUCUUACCCGUUAUCCCUGUUACUGGGGAUUACUGGGUUUUGUACAUUGAUCCUGAUUAUCAGAUAGCCCUCGUUGGCCAACCUAGCAGGAAUUGUCUUUGG